AUGUAACCAGCCGUUAUCGUUGGGUUAAAUACAUGUCUUGAUACUUCCUUUUCCGGUUACAUAUUGAAAAUAGGCUACCAUGGCAGAGACCAAGGCACCUACUCCCAAUCCACCCAAAAAGUCUGGCAGACUCUACUGCAAGGCUGUGAUGACUGGGUACAAGCGCGGUCUACGUAACCAGCACGAUCACACUGCACUGCUCCGCAUUGAUGGGGUCACUGACAAAGACGAGACAGAAUUCUACCUUGGCAAGCGAUGUGCAUACGUCUACAAGGGCAAAAACAAGACUGCCUGCCCGGGCCACAAGGAAGCAAGUCGUAUCCGAGUGAUCUGGGGCCGGAUCACACGUUCCCAUGGUAACAGCGGCGCUGUCCGAGCAAAGUUCAACACGAACCUUCCAGCCACUGCCAUUGGCAAGAGAAUCCGUGUGAUGCUGUACCCAUCAAGAGUAUAGGAUGAUUUGCUAUGUACAAACAAGAAAAAAUAAAAAGAAAAAUACCACAA